UGCUGUCCUGUUCCUGUUUUCUGUGUGUUUUUCAGACUUUAAAAGGACAGAAGAACUCCGCUACUGCUCCUGUUGUCCUGUCGUCCUGGUAACUACGAGCCCAAAGCUAUUGAGUUACAGAAACGAGGCGCAGGUUUUCUGUUGUCUAAUCAAACUGUGUCGAUGACUUUGUGUUUGGAGUCUCUGUUUUUACUCCCACGGUUUGUUUGGUUCGCUGUUGGAGGAGCAGUAAACCUGCGUGAUCAUGACUGCAUCGGUUCGACCUGGAGUCAGCGUUUCAGAGCUCUGUAAGGAUGGAGACAAGUUCCUUGAGGCUGGAGAGCUGGACAGAGCGACCUCCCUGUACAUGUCUGCCUUCAGGACUCACGCCACCUCUGCAGUGUCCCACAUGCGCAAACUGGACAAAUCCAGCCUGAGUGAGGUGAUUUCUGCUCUAGAAGGUUGGCUGGACGGUCACGGGGAGCACCGGCCUGCCGAGGGUCUGAAUAAAGGCCUCGCUGCCGUGUUCCUGUCCACGCUCAGCCCCAACAAUCUGUCAGCCACCAUCUUCAAAAUGGAGUCUCUCCUGCAGAGCGGUGGGCACGGCUGUGAGGAGAUUUAUGCUCGCUGCACCGCUCUGCUCGAAGGGAAACGAAACUCUGACCCGGACGGUUCGACUCGUGUUCUGUUGGAGAUAACUCGAGCUUUGGCCUGCUUGUUCUCAGAGCGUCACAGUUUUAAAGGCCUGCAGCUUUAUCUCAAAGUUUACCGAAGCAACAAGUCAGAAACCGUCGCACUGGUGAAGAGCAGACAAGCCGGACAUCUAUCCAAAAUAGUGAAGGCCUUUACAGACCAGAUGACGCUCAUUCAUCCCUCUUUGACAUUUGACAGCCAGUGGGCAGCGACAUCAGAGAAGAAUGAGAAGCUGGACGUGAAGGCUUCUUCUACAAUUAUUGAGUUUUUGUUGGACAUCUCACCAGAAAAUAGAGACGUGCAGGAACUUCAAGCAGAAUAUUUGUUUUUGACAGGCAGGUUUGGGGACAGUGCAGAGGUGUAUAGGGCUCUAUUGAAUGAUGUUCAGAAAAUAUCAGAAGAUAAAACAGACAGAUUAUUCCCAGACACUCCUGAGAGCAGAGCCAGAUUAUUAACCUGCCGAGCAGCCGCCUGCUUCUCGGCGGGCGGAAGGACUGCAGAGGAGUGCAGAGAUCUGGGAAAAGCCUUUGAGAUCCACCCUGCCACGGCUCGGAUUUACUUCCAGAAGCUCUUCACCGAUCACAGCACCGCCGUGGCUGCUCGCAACCAUCUCCGUCAGGAGGCCGAGAGGGGCCUGUCUGGUUACAGAGAGCGAGUUCUCUUCCGUGCAGACCUGAGAUCCACAGAAGGAGUUGAACUUUUAGACCCCGUCAUCACUCAGCUACGGACUCUGUGCCAUUUAGAGCCUGACGGAGGAGGCAGGGAGUUGAGGGUACGACUGGCCGACUGUCUGCUCCUCAGAGGGGAACACAAAGAGGCUCUCUCCAUCUGCAGCCAGCUAGCAGCCGCUCAGGGUCAGCAGAGCUAUCAGAACACAGUCCAGGUCCUUCGAGGAUAUGCACGGCUUCUCUCUGACGACCACAAGGGGGCGUUAGAAGACUUCCAGGCUGUCAUUGAACACAACACUCCUCAUCCGUCCAGCUGUGUUCGGGCCCUCUGUGGUCGGGGGCUCCUGCGCAUGAUGGGCGACUUAAACUACCUCACAGCUCUGGACUAUGUGACCGCCAGCAGGUUGAAUCCUCAGGAAACAGCUCUGACUGUCCGCUGCUUGGUGCCGUGGAACUACAGGGGGCUGCUGUUUACCGUUCUGCUGGAGCAGGGACGGGUGAUGCUGGAGGGGAAUGGGGAGCCCAAAUCAAAGUCCAGUUCUGGUAAGGACACCCAGCAGGACCAGCAGGAGGACCAGCAGCAGACCCCGUCGAAGAGGGACAACCACAGAUCAGGGACUCCUGCUGGAGUCCAGUCUCUCGCCGUGUUGCUCACUGAGCUCCAGCCGAACGCCGACGGGCCUCAGAUCCUGGCAGCGGACGCCUUGUACCAGCUGGGCCGGGUGGAGGAAGCCUACCGGUCGCUGCUCUCCAUCGGGCCCUCCAAUCCCCGGGCUCCCAUCCUGGCUCGACUAGCUCUGCUGCAGCUGCACAGAGGUUUCCUUUAUGACACCAACCAGCUGCUCAAGAAGCUCAUCCUGUGCAGCGAUACCAGCUGCUUGCGCCCCCUGUUGGCCGUGGCGCAGCAGAAGGACCGAGCGCUGCUGCAGGGACACUGUCACCAAGCUGCAAAACGCAUCCUGGACGGGACAAGAGAAGAGAGCGGCGUCAGGGAGGCUGUGGCUUACCUCUCCAUCGCCAUCAUGGCCGCUGGUGGGGAGGCGGUGGACUCUCUGCUGGAGAGAGCCAGGUGUUACGCCCUGCUGGGCCAAAGAAAGACGGCCAUAUUUGACUUCAGCGCCAUUCUGAAGGAGCAUCCGAAACACAUCCAGGCCCUCUGUGGAAGAGGAUUCACAUACCUCAUGCUGAAUCAGCAAAAGGAAUGCACUCAUGACAUCCUCGCAGCGCUACAGAUCAACACCGAUGUGGUCACCAAGGACAUCCUGUCACUCAAGGACAGAACACAGAAGCUGGUCUGCAACUGGCUGCAUCAGUUCUGUCGUAAAACUCUGUCAGACGUUGUGGUCUCGAGUUCUGUUCCCUGCCACGAAGAGCAGCUCAGAGAGGCGUUUGUAAUUGGUGGAGCUCUGAUGAGGACCGACUGCAGAGACCCCAGAUGGCAUCUCCUCCACGUGGACAUGCUGUUGGCUAAAGGUGAAGUCAAGGCAGCGGGCGCUCACCUGUGCCAGGUGUUUGGCCAGGAGCCGAGAGACGCAGCGCCCCAGGCUCGGCUGGGCGUGGUGGAGGCCUGGCGGCAGAGCUACCGCAGCGCCGCUCGCAGGCUCAGCAAACUGACCGAGAAAGAUCCAUCCAGCCUGGACUUCCUGCUGGCACUGAUCCCAUUUAAUCAGCGAAAAUGCAUGGCACAGGCAGCAGCCCAGGAGGCCAGCAGUGUGUCGUCAUGCGGCCACAGGGAUCAGGCGCUAUCCCUCCUGACCGUCGCAGUCCAAGCAGUGGGGAGUCACAAGCUGCAGUAUCUCCGUCAGAGGGCUGCAUGUCUGGCACAGCUGGGGUUACACGUGCGAGCUGUAGCCGACCUGGACAGAGUCAUCCAGACACACGACUCCGGCUGCUCGGACGACCCUCAGGUCUGGGCGGAGGAUCUGUGCCGAAGAGGCCGCAGCCUGGUGCUCUGCUCCAGAGAGGGGGCAGCUCUGGAGGACUUCACCCAGGCCCUGGAGCUCCACAGGGACCAGGCUCUGCGCUGCGUAGAGGCCGGCCUGGGGAGGCUGCGCGUGGCCGAGUGCUUCCUGCGGGGGGCGCUGCAGCACUACGGGGAGCAGCAGCUCAGCAACGCCUGGACGCUGAUCGAAAGUGGCCUCCUAGUGGACGGAGAGAACACAGAGCUGCGCAGACUGAGGGCCAGAGUCAAACGGGAGGUAGCCGGACCUUGUAACGUCAAUUAAUUAGCGCUGAUCGAGCUGGACGCAGGAUAUCCAGAUGUGCAGAGAAAUCAUGUGUCUGUUCUUUACAUUUCUAUUUUACGGGAUGUUUAACGGUUUAAAUUAUGUCUUCCAAGUUCAAUUUAGCUCUGUAGGAAUAACAGCAGUAUUUGUGAGCAAUCACUAUCUUUAUAAUUGCAUGAAAGCCGUAUAUUUAAUGUCGGACAAGAAAGCAAAUAGUAGAAAUAUUCAACACAACAAUCAGUAAACUCCAUCAUUCACACAUUUACCCCUGAAACACCAGUAACUGAGUUAACAAUAAGGAUUGCGUUAUUCUAUACGAAUGAAAUCAUGCAACGUUAAAUUUAAUAGCAUGCUUUAAUUCAAACCACCACACCUAGAUAUAGAUAUAAGAAAGUGUCAAAUGUGCAGGAUUUAUACGUUGAAAAUGGAGGAGGCAUUCCUUUAAUCAUAUCAAUGGCAGCAAACAAUUUAGUAAUGCAGAAAAUACAGAAAAACAUAAAUGAAUACUGGAAUUCAGUCCGUAUCACUUUCAUUAAAGAUAAUUUAAACACAA